AUGGACCAAAGGGAGAUUCUGCUGCAAAACCUGGAAAGGGCCCAAGGCAAGAAGCUCAACCAAGAGGAGUUUGUGGACGAGUUUUUGAAGCUGAAAAGGCAGUCAACAAAGUACAGAUCGGAUAAAACCUACCCGACAGCAGCAUCUGAGCAACCAGAGAACGUCAAGAAGAACAGAUAUAAGGACAUCUUACCCUUUGACCACAGCAGAGUGGAGUUGUCCCUGGUUACGUCGGAUGCAGAUUCCCAUUACAUCAAUGCCAACUUCAUCAAGGGCGUCUAUGGACCAAGAGCAUACAUUGCAACCCAGGGUCCUCUCCCCAACACAGUCACUGACUUUUGGAGAAUGAUUUGGGAGUACGAAGUCCUGAUUGUGGUCAUGGCUUGUAUGGAGUUUGAAAUGGGGAAGAAGAAAUGCGAGCGGUACUGGGCAGAGGCGGGCAGCUCUCCCCUGCAGUGCGGUCCUUUCUCCGUCGCCUGUGAAGCUGAAGAGAAGAAAAAUGAGUAUGUGAUCAGGACUUUGAAGGUGACCCUGAAGGAGGAAAUCCGCACCGUCCACCAGUUCCACUAUAAAAACUGGCCGGACCAUGACGUCCCCUCGUCCAUUGACCCCAUCCUGGAGCUCAUCGAGGAGAUUCGCUGCUACCAGCCGGACGACAGCGUCCCCAUCUGCAUCCACUGCAGUGCCGGCUGCGGGAGAACAGGCGUCAUCUGUGCCAUCGACUACACCCAGAAGCUGCUGCGGGACGGGAUCAUUCCAGUGAACUUCAGUAUUUUCAGUCUGAUCCAGGAAAUGCGCACACAAAGACCUUCCAUAGUGCAGACCAAGGAGCAGUACGAGCUGGUUUACGAUGCGGUGAUUGAGCUCUUCAAAAGGCAGAUUAAAGCACUCAGUGCCCAGGAAGAUUCUGCUGCUUCACAGGUACAAACAAGGCAUCCUGUGGCCAAGCCGCUUCUGACUCCCGUGGAAGAUAUUUAUUCUCUGAGACUACUAACCUGCUCAGAGCAAGAGGAGCAGGAUGUGCAUCACCAUCUUCCUCCGGUGGUACGAAGAAAAGCAUCCCUGACAUCGUCUGCCACAGGAGCACACGAGAGCUCUGGACGCGGCGCCCCUCGCAUCAGACAGGCCAUCUCCUUUGGCACUUUGAACUUCUUCAGCUGCAGGAAAGCAGCUGCCACUGAGACGUGGGGUGUGGGGGACGCCCUUCAGAAACGCUGCAGUUGGGAGUUCAACAGCGUCUCUCCUGAGCAGCUGCUCCUGAACGUGGAACCGAAGGGAGCGGGCAGGAGAGGGCCUCGUGGCAGAGCCCUGCUGACACGGACAGCAUCAACCCCUUUUGUGCUGGCGCAGUGGGGAGGAGGCUGGGAAUGGGAUGGAGGGGAUGCAAAGCCUGUUCUGAGCGCGCAGUUGCCCAGUGCCUGCUACAUGGGUGUCCAGGUGAAGCAGCAGGACGGAUUUUCCCCCGUCGAGCUGAGCCACUCGAGCCAAGAAGGGGACGGCGCCCCAGGCUGCAAGAACCGUGGGCGAUGGCCUUACCCUUACUUCUGCUCGGCAGAAGACCCCUACUUCUCUCCAACCUCCCCAGACGACCCCGCGUCCCCG